AUGGUUUUGAUUGGAUUUAAACAAUUCUCAAUGACAAAUCUUUUACUGGCUAUAGCUCUUCUUUCUUUUAUUGUUUUGCCUAAUUAUAUUGGUGCUACUUUGGCUUGUGGAAUUUUAUUUUCUCAAAUCAGUUUACUUAAAAUUAUUUUUACAAUAAUUGUAUUUUUACUUCCUUUGAUUAUCAGAAAAUGUUAUAAAAUAAUUUUACAAAAAUACAAAAUUAAAUUAUUUAAUUUCUUCAACACAAAAAAUGUUUUAAUUUUAUUUUUUGUUUAUUUGCUUGGCUCUUUAACUGUAAUUUCUUUUCUUUAUCAAAGCCCUUCCUCUUUUGAUGCUUCUUCUGAAUUAACUAAUCUUACUUGGCCUCAAUUUGAGAAUCAUUGUGCAAUGAAUGGAGCUAAUCAAAUACAUUCACAAAUGCAUUGUUCUCAAAUGAAAGGAAUGGCUAUAAAUUGGAAAGGAACUGUCCAAUCUGUUCGAAUUGCCGAUAUCGAUAAUUCUUUUGAGACUUUGCUAGAUUAUUUGCCUGAUUCUGUGGCACAAGCUAUUCGCUGUUUUUAUGAUACUGAUAGCACUGACGAGGAUGCUAUACCGAGAGAUUUGCAUUCGAAUGAGUGUAGUCUUGCUCAACACAAUCAUUAUACUUAUGAAUUGGAAGUCAGUGGCCCUUAUGGUGAAAAAUUUCAAAUCAGCGGCAAUAAAGGACAAUUACUUUUAACAGCUCAACACACUUUUGGUGAAAUAUUACGACUUUUGGAUGAAGGGGACAUUAUUAGAUUUAUUGCAUUCUUUGACAGUUAUCCAGUCUUUAGAUAUCCGCCACGUCUUAGACUGCUUCAACUUGAAUGCUUAAUUUGUAAAAAGCUGAGUUCUGACAAAUACAAACAUCUUCGAUUGACAAGCGUUAAAUCAGAAAGACGUAAAAUAUGGGCUCGUUUAAACAACGCAUUUGAAUUACUUUUUAAUUUUGUAUUUGCACCGUUUAUUUUACUUUCUUAG